AUGAUAGAGAGUCCGGAUGACAUAUCAGUUCUGCUUAUGGCGCCUACAGGUGUUGCUGCAUACAAUAUACAUGGUGCUACCAUUCAUAGUGCUUUGUCAAUUUCAACAAAUGUGAGAUUGCCGUAUCAACCACUGAGUGAAGAAAAGAUCAGUACACUUAGGCAUAAAUUAAGGCAACUACAAAUUGUAAUUAUUGAUGAAAUUUCAAUGGUUGAUCAAAAAAUGUUGCACUACAUUCAUGGUCGUCUUCGACAGGUCAAACAAUCUCGUAAUCAUAAUCCUUUUGGGAAUGUGAGCAUACUUGCUGUUGGUGAUUUUUAUCAGUUGCCCCCUGUGAAAGGAAAAUCUUUGUACCAGACUGAUGUAACAGGUGAUUUGUGGAAUGAUAACUUUGUCAAGGUGGAACUGACUGAGAUUAUGAGGCAAAAGGAAGAUGUGCAGUUUGCCAAACUUUUAAACAGGUUGCGUGUAAGAAAGAAGAAAGAGCAGUUAGAAAGUGAAGAUGUUGCUUUGCUAAAAUCACGUGAAACUGGAGAAGAUUGGACCGAUGCUCUGCAUAUUUAUCCUUGCAAUAAACAGGUGGAUGAGUAUAAUAGACAGACUCUUUUUGUGAAGUGUUCAGAAUGUGUAUGUGUUCUUGCUAAAGAUUUCCAGAAAGAUGCAAAAAGUGGGAAAAUGAUACCUGCAGUGAAAUCAGUAAAGAAAUCGUCACGUACAAAUUUAUCUGACUGCUUGUGGCUGGGUGUAGGUGCUAGAGUCAUGCUUACAAGGAAUCUUGAUGUAUCUGAUGGACUUGUUAAUGGAGUAUUUGGAACUGUCUCUGAUAUAGUGAUGUUACCGAAUGAACACUCAGCAAAGAUUGUGAAAGUUAAGUUUGACAAUGAGAAGGUUGGAGCAAAAUUGAAGAAGCAGUCCUCUGGUAAUUCUACAGAUGUAGUUUGUAUUGAAAUGGUAGAAGACAAUGUGACUCAGGUCUUUGUGAGACACCAGUUCCCUCUUAAGUUAGCUUGGGCAUGUACAUCUCACAAGGUUCAAGGAAUGACUACAGAAAAGGCUGUUGUAUGUUUAGAUCGUACUUUUUCAGCAGGACAAGCUUAUGUUAGUUUGAGCAGAGUGGUGUCAUUAAAUGGCCUAAUAAUCGAAGGAUUUGAUGAAAAAUUUAUUUACUGUAAUGAAAAAGUGGCUGAGGCAAUAAGUGAAAUGCCAUUAUAUAUUGAUAAUGAACAAAGCAAUGAUAGUGUUGAUAAAAUUGAACUUGCAAGGUCCGGUGGAACCUAUUGUACAAGCAUUGCAAUGCAUAACAUUCAAGGUCUUCAAGCACAUUUUGUGGAUUUCAAGAGAAACAAGGAAAUGUGUUCAUGUGAUUUCAUAUGUCUGACAGAAACAUGGAGUGAUGGAGACUUCGAUUGUGAGAUGGAUUUGAGUGAUUACAAAUGGUAUCAUCAGCCAAGAUGUAUGUCGUAUGAUAACACUAGUCGUGUUACACAUAUGUUGAAAGAACAGUGCCAUGGAGGUGUAGCUGUAUGUGGCAAGAAAGACAGACUGUUUAGUAGGCUAAACUUACCAGUCCACAACCUAGAAUACAUUGCAUUUCAGAUAAUUUCUAAAGUGUCAGUAGCCAUUGUGAUCAUUUAUCGACCAGCUUCAUAUGUUCUAAAUGAAUUUCUAUCAAUUCUUGAAAUGUUGCUAAAUGAGCUACAUAACGUGUCAAAUAAGUGCAUUGUCAUGGGUGAUUUCAAUGAAGAUAUCAUGAAACAGUCUUCUGUUCAGAAAGUGAUGCAUGAUCAUGGAUAUAAGCAAUGUGUGACUGAAGCUACUACUGAGAAUGGCACUUUACUUGAUCAUGUUUAUGUCAGGAACAUAGACGUCAUUGAAACUUAUGUGAGCCCAACAUAUUAUAGCUACCAUGAAGCAGUUAUACUUAAAUUUUGAAUUUCUUUUUGUGAAUGUCUAGGCCUAUUGUGUUGAAACUGUAUUUGUUGGUAUGCUACAAUGUAGUUAUUUGAGCAUUUAGAAGUGUAUUCAUUGAUUUUAAAAUGACACUACGGGUACAUGUACAUACCUGCAGAGAGAGACCUGUAUGUACUAUACGGCCCAAAUGACAUUAAUACAUGACUUCUUAUAACAAAAAAAAAUGAGAUGGGGUUUAAGAUAUAAAUUACAAAAAAAAUAAACUUCUAAAGUUGAAUUUUGAAAAAUGAAGUAUGAACUUUUACUUAAAAUAGAGUACAAUAACAAGUGAAUUAUGGAACUGUAUUUAAUAAUAAAUAAAGACAAGAAUGACACACAGAAACAAAUAUGAUAAAUGACACAAGAAUGCUAGAGAUACAGUGAAGUUAUUGACCAAUAAAGUAAAUAAAAAUUAUAAGUAAAAUUACAUUAUUGCGGUACUUGUAAGUGAUCAAUAUGAGGCCCAUGAACAACAGUAAAG